AUAUGUCUUCAUGGGCUUUGUAUGUGACUAUAUGUGUGUAUUCUCAGUGAAGUGUCAAAGAUAAUGUCUUCUGGUUUGAUAUUUGUAUAACAAAAAGGUGUUUUGUACAUCCUGACGGUGAACUUUUAAAUGUCAGUAAUGACUUUUGUGAUAAAGCUGGAUCAUUUGACACUGAUGGGCUAUUUGAAAACAUGUAAAUCUUAGAGGAUGACAAGUUAUUUGGGACAGGAAACUAAUCAAAUUUGUGUUGUUAAAUGGCAUAUAUAAGAUGAAAAUAAGAAGUGUCAGUGUCUCAUUGGUGAAUAUUUUGAUGUUGAAGGAUAUCUAUGUUGAUUUUAUAGAUCAAGAUUCAAUAAAAUGUUACAUACUUAGAACAUUUAUUUCAUAUUUAAAUGGUAUGUUAUAGAACACUGGAUUAUUUGAGAAAGAUCUGAGGAACACUUGAGUAAAUCUGAGGAGCAUUCACCAUAGAUCUGAAGGAACAUUUGAGAAACAUUUUAUGCAGAACUUUUGAACAUGUAAGAUAGAUCUGUGGAGCAUGUAAUAUAGAUCUGAACUAGUCACUUUAGAUAUAUCUAUGAAAAAACAAACUGAAAUAUAUUUGAGAAAGUAAGAAAUGAAGCAACCUCCAGAACUGCAUCCUCAACUUGAAAAACAUGCGCAGGACGUGAUAGCUAUGGAGCAGCCAAUAUUCUCUGUGCGCGCCCAUGUGUUCCAGAUCGACCCCGAGACAAAGAAGAACUGGCUGCCGUCCAGCAAGUCUGCUGUUCCUGUCUCGUACUACUAUGACAGCGCUCGCAACACGUACCGGAUCAUCAGUGUCGAGGGUUCGAAGGCAAUCAUUAACAGCACCAUUACGCCCAACAUGGCGUUCACAAAGACCUCUCAGAAGUUUGGCCAGUGGUCAGAUCCGCGGGCUAACACGGUGUACGGUCUGGGGUUUGGAACUGAGGCAGACCUCGCAAAGUUUGUUGAAAAGUUCAAGGAAGUGAAAGACCUGACCAGACAACAAAUGUCCCAAGGCCAGUCCCCACCCACGGUGAACGGACAGACAGACGACAGCCUGACAUCAUCAGCCACGCCCACUCCCCGUGAGACCCCGCCAAAUCGAGGCAUCUUUCACACGCGCAGCUCUAGUCUUACAUCUAUGAAAGACGCGAAUCAACAACCACCGUCAGCAGAACAAAAAGAGAAUGUGAAUCUCCGGGAACGACGUAACUCCUUCAACAAUCCGGGCAACAAUGCUAACGGCAACACCUCGCCAGAAAACCAGCUCAAGUACGAAAAUGAUCGACUGAAGCUGGCCUUAGCCCAAAGUUCUUCCAAUGCAAAGAAAUGGGAGGUUGAGCUACAAACCCUGAAAAACAACAAUGCACGGUUAACGGCAGCGUUGCAAGAAUCCACCUCCAAUGUUGAAGAGUGGAAGAAACAGCUGGCGGCAUACAAGGAUGAAACAGGCAGACUCAAGAAAAAGGUUUCGGAUCUGGAGCAGUCUGGUGGGAAUUCUGAGCAAGUGUCAGCAUUGGAGCUCGAACUUUCGGAAGCCAACGAUAGGGUGGAGACCCUGCAGCGCGACAACAAAUACAAGGAUCAGGAAGUAGAUCGGCUUCAACAGCGUCUUGCCGAAAUGCAGACAAGGGAAACAGCCAAUGGGAAUUUGCAAGGCAAAUUAAAGGUUGGAUCUCUAUUUCGCACCUCUUCAAAAUCCAGACUGAUCAAAGGCCUAGAAGAGGAGAACCGGUCUUUACACCAGAAGGUACACGAUCUGCAGCAGCUACUGCAAGACUACAGGUCAUCUCAAGACCAGGAGAAGGCCGAGGUUGUACAAAUGCAAGACCAGCUAGGCAGCAAACUUACAGAACUUUACGAGUUUCAUGAACAAAUCAUGGCCACAUUGCGCAAAGAGUCCCAGUCCUAGUACUGCAUGCCACUGGCUACAAUGCUGAAGCAAUUUUAAUACACGUUUCCGGUACAUGUCACAGAGGAGAGGCUAAGCUGAAGAAAUUACAGAGAAACUUUAGUUUAAAAUUCAGAUCUGAAUGAAAAUUCAAUGUGUUCAACAGAUCGGAUUUUACUGGCCAGGAUGGUUUUGUUACAAGGAAAGGAAUGUAGUUGUGAUAAGAUUUGCACAAUGAGGUGUGGUGUUGAUGGUGGUUAUUUGGGACAAAGUUUGGUGGUGUUUUGCCCGAUUGGAGUUGAAUCCAAGGUUAUGAAUUUCUUUGCCAUUUUUGAAAGGUGUUAAGUAGGUAGAUGCAUUUAUGUAGGAGUAGGCCUUAUAUUCUAUGUUCUUCUUUCUUAGAGGUGAUGCAUAUUAAAGAGCCAUCUGCAGAGUAUUAUAGUAAAAGUAUAAUCUGAAAGUAUACUGUUUACGAGAGACUUGCUCUUCCAACAUAACACAUACAAUUUCAUGGUCAAUGCAUGGUAGAGAGAUCUGAAAGUGGCCAGUAUGCAAUGUCAGAAUAUAGGAAAAAUGAAUGACCAGAUACUUUAUCAGGAGAGGAAUUUGUUUUAUCAUUGAACACUAGCCUUUGCUUUAACCCUUUGCAUGCUGGGAAAUUUGUCGUCUGCUAAAAUGUGUCUGCUGAAUUUCUAAAAUUAGCAUUUUCCUCGAUUUUUUUUUCAAAGAAUACUAUCAGAAUAGCAAACAGUUUGGAUCCUGACGAGACGCCACGUUUUGUGGCGUCUCAUCUGGAUCCAAACUGUUUGCAAAGACCUUUAAAAUUCGGUUCCCGCACUGAAAGGGUUAAAGGGACUUGUUCACAGAAACAAAAAUAAAAUGAAAGUAACAAAAAAAGUUGACCUGCCUACUCUAGCCACAAACCCUUGGAGUAAAAGGUUAUCACUCAAACCACUCAGCUAUCGGUGCUGCUAUAGUGUACUGUGUAUUUUAAACUUUAUAUAAGCAAUUGACUGCAUUUCCGCAAAAUAUAACGGAACAGAACUUUCCAAAUUAUUCAAAUGUUUUUUUGUUUGAAUGUUUUUAAAUUCUAUCAAGUUCUAACAAUUUAUAUUAUUAAUUUGUAUACAAAAAAGUACUUUAAGGAUCAGUCUCCGUCGCAAACAUAGUUAAUUUAUUUUAUGAAUCUGACACAAUGUUUGAAAAUUCUCAUUUUUACAUACUGUGAACAUGCCCCAUUAACUUUGUUUACUAUAUUUUUCAUAAGGUCAGUUGCUGUAUUUUUUCUCAGCAAUUUUAUCAUUCUUCAGAUUUUUUACUAAGAGUAUGCUGCAUUUUGUUAAAGCGGGUAUAUACGAUCUUGUCAAAUAUUUAUUAAUUAAUAUAAAAUGUGUAAAAAACUUAUUAUACAUAUAUUUCAAUAUAAACUAAAACAAAAGUUAAGAAGAACAUGUGUCGAAAAAUGCUAAAUAAGCCAGAUAUUUAAUUCUGAAAUCGAAAAAGGCUGUACAGCCGAAUUCGCCAGCAUGUAUAUCAUGCAUGUACGAUGUGAAUCUAAAUUUAGUUUAACGGUUCAUUUGAAAUUCCUGCAGCGAUAUCGAUUCAUACGACACACGAACACUUACUUAAAAGACGAAUGCAUCUCUUAUUGUAGGAAAAUAAUAACGAAUUAUCUUCGUCACAAUCGGCUCGGGGCGCUUAUUUGUAUUUGCUGUAUUUUAUAAAAUUCGUCUUAAAUGUAUCAUUUUUCUUGCAUAUUGUGUGUUAUUAUAACAUAUUUGUAUCAAUAUUUUACAAUUCAGCACAUAUAAAAAUCGUAUAUACCCGCUUUAAGUAUUAUGGACAUUUACAGGUAGAUUACUGUUAUUUGAUAUUAAUGAUAUUACAAUGUACAGCAUGCAUCAGAGAGACAUUUGCCUUUUAUAUGCCAGUAAUUGAUGUAAUUUAUUUUGUUCUGCUCUCACUUGUUGAAUCUGCUGUUGCCAUGUCAAUAUUUUUAUUUAUUAAUCAUACAUUUUACCCUAGUUGCUAGAUAAAUUUUCAAAAUAUGAUGCACUAGAAAAUAAAUUACAUGUACUUCCAUAAUGGUUAAAAUGUACAUUAUCACGUGUUUAUUUUUUGCUGAGAGAUAUUGUUUUUAUUCACAUGAGUCUCAACUAUACAUUGUCCUGUUGGCCCUGAUUUGUUUGGUUACUUUCUGGAAGAUCAGUGUUUUCUUAAAAAAAAAAUUAAUCAGUUAUCCUACAGGGCAAGAAGCAUUUUUGAUUAUACUCUACAAAUUUUAUGUAAUGCAAACUUAUAUAAAAUGGUUAAGUACAACUUUGAAGUCAUGGAAGAAAAAUGUAAAUAUUUUAAGGUCAUUCUGAUAAAUUAAGUCAAUUUCUACAUUUGUAUUAGGUUGUGUUCUUAUUUGAUAACAGUUUGAUAUCACUAUUAUCCUCGUCCGUCCAGUUUUUAUUUUGAUAUUAGCUUAGCAUCAUUUCUCUUUAUUUGUGUACUUAAUAAUUCACUUAUAUUAUUCUCCAUAGUGGAAUUGUUUAGGUACAUUUUAGUGAUUUUGAACAGAAUAUAAUGUGACUUGAAGUUCGUAAAGCAUUUAACACAUCAUUGGCAUGAACAUUCAUUGAAGACUGUUCUUAUAGAUGUUAUCAAAUAUAAUGGAUAUCUUGCAUAUUGUAUGUUUACAAAUACAAGUUCAGUACAUUCAGCAAAAUUAAAGGCUGUGUUGCCUGUCAAGCCUAUAUCUUUUUUGUAUUUACUCCAUAUAAUAUUGCGCAAGUAUUUCUUGCAAAAGAUAUACAUUAUCAUCUGGUGAGUUCUUAUUCUUAACUAUUGAUUGACAUUAGAUAUAAACGUAUCUGAACUAGCAGCAAAUCCACCUAUUGCAAAAAGACUAACUGUUUAUACGUCUGGUGUUUCCAAAUUCCAAAGAAAAAAAUAAGAGCCAAUUCUGUUUUAUCAAUGCUAUUUUUAUGAUGCUUGACUGUUACAGAGUCUGACUUGUUUUUAUAUAGCACAUAUACAUGUAUUUGGUUGGGAACUGUUUAGAUGAUUUACAUCUCUAAGAUCGUUUACAUUAUCUCCCAUUUUAUGUGAAUAGUUUACAUUUUUACCUUGUAUAUAUUUCACAUUUAACCUAUUUAAAAUAUCUAUGUGUUUAUGUAUAAUGCAUUUGUUUUGUUGGAUAUUAAUAUGAUACAUAAAUAUUUUUAUAUUUAUAAUUAUGUACUAAUUACGGAAUAUAUUAAAGAACAGAAUAAACCGUUGCACAUAUUUAAUAAGCUGUACACAAUUAGAUGCAUUAUAUUGAUAGUAUGAGAAAAACACAAAUUUUCUACAAAUAUUGAUGUACAUAUGUCUUAUACAUUCAAAAAAUAUGAAAGAACAGAAAAUUCUUAUUUGGUAUUAAUAACAACAUUGCUAUUAACAUGGUUAUAAUAAAUGCAAUAAUCAUGAUUUUAAAGGGGCCUUUUCACAGAUUUUGGCAUUUUUUAACUUAUUCAUUAAAUGCUUUAUAUUGAUAAUUGUAAACAUUGGAUCGUAAAAGCUCCAGUAAAAAAUCAAGAAUAAAAUUACAA